AUGCUGCCUCAAAAGUCACCUUCGCUGACUGACAGCGCUCGUUUUAGCGUCAGUCAAGGUUCGAGCCGGUUUCGGGAGUCGACUCACCUCAUCCCUUCUCGAAUAUCCGAGGAUAAACGUUAUAAACCACUUGCGCUUUCUCUGCCUGUCGUGGUGGGAACGCCACUUUCCAUGCUGGCUUUGGGAGUGGCGCUCGAAAUAGGCGUCAACCUUUCCAACAAGAAUCAGGGUUUCAGCGUUCCCGAGACCAACCCGCUCGGAUUUGCGUCCGCGCAAUUUUUGCUUUCCUUUGUACCUACAAUAUUUGUCAUACCAGUAGCAUUUCUCUGGCGUGAGCUAGAUUGGUAUCUUAGGUGGUAUCAGCCAUAUGUCGUCCUUUCAAGAGGAAAUGCUUCUGUCGAGGAAGGCAUAUUGUUAGAUUAUGUAGUUGUGUUUUGGUCGGCGUUUACAGCAUGUGCAACAUACCUUUUACAGCCUCUUGGUAAGUUGCGUAUUGUUAGUAGAAUACUCACUCAUCUGGUCAUAGCAAGCUCCAUAUUUCAGAUUCAGCAACGCUCAAUGCCUUCAAAUACGACGGUAACGAGUACGCGGACCAUUGGAUUGACACCAGAUGUCAACCAGCUGAACGCAUUUGUUGCCGCCGCCGGGUUCGCGGACGCAGCCGCCUUCAAUAACCUUACAGAUCCUCCAUUCGUCCAGGCCGGGUGGGCUACCGCCGAGUUUGCCAUUCCUAGUAGCAACGGCCUGAACGCCACAAUCAGUGUGGAUACUACAGGAAUCCAAACGAAUCCAAAUUGUGAAAAUGCACGGAACACGACUUUUAAUGAAACAACUUCGACCAUUGAAUCUAUAUCUAUAUCUGAUUGCGCUCAAUCGGUGCCAGUCAAUACGUCGAUGGGUAUACAGUACGGCGUUGUAAGCCUUGAAUGUGGCAGCGGGGCAAAUCUAAGUGUUGAAUUUCAACCGGUCAUGUUUUGGUAUGCGUACUUUCAUCAGCGCUCUGACAAUGCAGAAUUUGAAGCGAGGACUGUAUUCUGUGCUCCCUCCAUCCAAACCUUUAAUGUGACAGCCCAAGCAUACCUGCAAGACCGUACGAUUGCGGAGUGUAACCCCACUGAGAAUUACAUGCAGCCUAAUAACGUUACUGGUGCCCCUCUCUUUGGACAUCCAUUCAAUGCCGUCGUCUUUAAUAGCAGCUCGAAUCCGUUCAUCCAGGCCAGAGCAAAUGCUACCAACAUCGCCAUCCCGGGAACCGUUUUUAGAUUUGCUUCUCAGCUCGAAAAUGGACCCCAGUCAAUAUUUGAUCUUCCAAAUGGGUUCUUAGAUAUAACACACAACGUCUAUACGCAACAUCUAGCUUUGACAGCAAAAAACAUCUACUUCGUUGCUGAGAACAGGACGAUAUCAGCUCAACUUGAAUCUUACGUUCCGCGGCUGGUCAUCAAUUCACUUCCUGGCCAUGUGCUCGCUUUGUUGCUUUUCGUCAUCGGGUUCAUCGGAACAUUCCUUCACAUCAUCAAUCGACGACAGCGUCGCCACCUGUUCAUCGCUUCGCCUCCAGGGUCAAUCGGAGGGAUCGUAUCGAUGACCAGUCAUUCAGGCUUCGGCCAGUUAUUGGUGCCGUAUGACAGUGAGGAGAGUAUUGAGCGUAAGUUGACGGGACUGCGGUUCCGGCUGGAUAAGCGGACAGGUGCUAUUGUAGCAGAGGAUGAUGACACAGGAGACUAUGAAGCUGAUGAGGAUGGUGUUGCGUUGUUAGGAGUGUCGAAAGGUCACUCGCGGAAUUCCUCGUUGCCGAUGUCGCCACCUUCUCAAGGCGCGACCUCAGGAUAUCCAUCGUGGAAAGGCUCUUCGAAGCCGUUGAGAACUCCUUAUGACCCGCUAUGA